AUGGGUAAAUUCACUAAACUUCAAAAAUUGCAACAGAAAACUGAAGAGGAAGAGGAUGAGAAAAUGGAAUGGGAGAAUGCGGCAAGCGAUAGUAGUUCGGAUGACGAUUCCGAGAAUGACGCUGAAAAUGAACAAAACGAGGAGACAAAGAAACGCGCGGAAUUGUGGACGAAUCGCGAACGAGUAUUGCUGCUUUGCUCGCGCGGAGCCGAUGUUCGAACUCGCUAUCUGAUGAAAGAUUUGAAAGACUUGCUUCCACAUUCGAAGACCGACUCGAAACUCGAUCAGCAGAAGUCAUUAAAUGUGCUGAAUGAAAUUGCCGAUAUGAAGAAUUGCUCGAAAGUGAUGUACUUCGAAAGCAGAAAGCGUAAAGACACUUAUUUGUGGUUCGCCAAUGCCAAGACUGGUCCAUCGAUGAAGUUUUUGGUGCAUAAUGUUCACACUAUGAAAGAGCUGAAACUCUCUGGAAAUUGCUUGAAAGCGUCUCGCCCAAUUCUGUCGUUUGACGAUAGUUUCGACCAGAAGCCGCAGUUGAAGUUGAUUAAAAACAUGCUUAUUCAGACUCUUGGAACUCCGAAUCAUCAUCCGAGAAGCCAGCCAUUCGUUGAUCACGUCUUUAAUUUUUCUGUCGGUGAAGGCGAUCGCAUUUGGUUCAGAAACUUCCAGAUUGUUGAUGAAAGUCUUCAGCUCCAGGAAAUCGGUCCAAGAUUUGUUCUCGAAUUAAUUCGAUUGUUCUCUGGAUCAUUCGAAGGAACUGCUUUGUACGACAAUCCGAAUUAUAUUUCGCCGAAUGUCAUUCGCCGUGAGGAGCGGAACAAAGGAAAGGUCACGUAUUUGGAGAAGGAAAUCCAAAACAAGGCCGCAUUGAUCAAACAGGCUGAGAUCACACAAGUAUUGACGGAGAAAAUGGAGGAUCCUGUUGGAAAGGAAUUCGACACCUUGGAAAAAAUUGAUGCUCCAGAAGUUGCAGAAAUUGCUGCUAAAAUCGACAAGAAAAAUAAGAAGAGUAAAAAGGCGAAGGCUCCAAAAUCAAAGAAAUUUGUUGCUUCUUAA